AUGAAGCAAGAGGCCGUGUCGCUGUGGUGCGAGGAGACUGAAGACACAGAGACUUUUGAGGACGAAGACCUGGUCCAACACAGAUUAUCUGAGGUCCAAGUCCAGACCCAGACCACAAAGAGACCAGUCCAGACCCAGACCACAGAGAGACCAGGCCUGACCCAGACCACAGAGAGACCAGGCCUGACCCAGACCACAGAGAGAUCAGUCCAGACCCAGACACCAGUUCAGAGUCCAGUCCAGUUUUCGGAUUGCUGUGAGGUCCCUGAGGGUCCGGGUCCUCGUGAGGUCGCAGCUGCCUGGGACCCCUGCAUCGUGGGCCACAGGGCAGUGCUGCGGCUGCUGAUGCUGGAGAGGAGGUACCUGCCCUCAGUGCUCUACACCAGUCUGAUCCAGGGGGCGCCAGAGAGCAGAGACCAGCUGGUCCGAUGGGCCAUGGAGGUGUGCUCAGACUCGGGCUGUGAGGAGCAGGUCUUUCCCCUCUCGGUCUCCCUCUUGGACAGGUUCUUGUCCUCGUCCCUCUCGACCCCUGUGUCUCCGGUGUGUCUCUCUGCGGCCUGUGUCCUCAUUGCAUCCAAACUGAGCGAGUGCGAGACCCUCUCUGUGGACACUAUCUGUGCAGCCGCCGAGUACAGCUUCAGCUCCUGCAGCCUCCGGGAGAUGGAGCGUGUUGUCGUGGCGACCCUGCACUGGGACCUGGCCUCCAUCACGCCUCAGGACUUCCUGCCUCACUUCCUGUCUGCGGCGGUGACAUCAUCAUCGUGGGCCAGUGAUUCUGUAGUGCGCAGACAUGCAGACACCCUGAGUGCUCUGUGUGUGAGUGACAGCCGGUUCCUUGGGGCCCCUCCCUCUCUGCUGGCAGCUGGAGCUCUGUGCUGUGCUCUCAGGGGCCUCGGGGCCCUGAACCAGGAAGUGACCACCGAAAAGAUGGCACACCUCUGCCAGACCGACCCAGCUGUGCUGCAGUGUUACUGUGAAACGAUCGAGUUUGUUCUGCGUGAGCGUCUGCAGAGCGCCCCCUCUGGAAAAGAAGAGGAACUGACCUCUGACCCCGAGCAGCGCCCAGGGACCCCCUCCGACAUGACCCAGCAUGGACGCGGACAGGAGCGCACACGGCUGAGACCAGGGCUGUCUCAGACACUGGAACCAGGGGGAGGGGCCAGAGAGACACAUUUCUCUGAGAUGGACAACGUAGACAGCACGAGUGAAGAGAAGCUGAAACUGGACGAGGUCAAAGAAACCAAAGACAAGAACAACCGUCUGGAGAAGGGCUCGCGGGCCCCGAGCCGCGCCGCCUGGAGUAGGUCCUGCCGGAGCGGCUGGGCUCUGACCGAGCGCCUGGCCAUUAACGUGUCGGGGAUGAGGUACGAGACGCAGCUGCGGACCCUGGCCCAGUUCCCCGAGUCUCUGCUAGGGGACCCCAAACGGAGGCUGCAGUACUUUGACCCUCUGAGGAACGAGCUGUUCCUGGACCGAAGCCGCGCCUGCUUCGACGCCAUCCUCUACUUCUACCAAUCAGGAGGCAGACUGCGGCGCCCGGCCAACGUCCCCCUGGACAUGUUCAUGGAGGAGCUCAGGUUCUAUGAGCUCGGACAGGACGUGAUCGACCGCUUCAAGGAAGACGAGGGCUUCGCCAAAGAGGAGGAGAGGGCUCUCCCUCAGGGCGAGCUCCAGAGGAGGUUGUGGAUGUUGUUUGAGUAUCCUGAGUCGUCAGGAGGAGCUCGAAUCAUUGCCAUCAUCAGCGUCAUGGUUAUUGUGGUCUCCAUCCUCAUCUUCUGCCUUGAGACGCUGCCAGAGUUCAGGCUCGAGAAGGAGCAGCGUGAGAAGUACAGAGAGGUUCCUCACCCGACCAUCGCCAACCAGACAAUAAAGCAGCCGCCGCAGUUCUCCCCGUUCCAGGACCCGUUUUUCCUGGUAGAGACCAUUUGUAUCUGCUGGUUCUCCUGUGAGCUGGGGGUGCGUUUCUUCUGUGCGCCCAGUAAGCUGCUGUUCUGCAAAGACGUGAUGAACGUGAUCGACCUGUUCGCCAUCGUGCCGUACUUCGUGACCAUCGGGACGGAGCUGGGGAAAGACCCCACCACGCAGCCGUCUGUGUCGCUGGCGCUGAUCCGCGUGAUCCGCCUGGUGCGCGUGUUCCGCAUCUUCAAACUGUCGCGUCACUCCAAAGGGCUGCAGAUCCUGGGUCAGACCCUGAAGGCCAGUCUGCGCGAGCUUGCUCUGCUCAUCUUCUUCCUCUUCAUCGGAGUCAUCCUCUUCUCCAGUGCCGUGUACUUUGCUGAGGUGGACCGGGACGAAACCAAGUUCACCAGCAUCCCUGAGGCCUUCUGGUGGGCCGUGGUGUCCAUGACGACGGUGGGGUACGGCGACAUGUACCCUGAGACCGUGGGGGGGAAGCUGGUGGGCUCCAUGUGCGCCAUCGCCGGGGUCCUCACCAUCUCGCUGCCCGUUCCCGUCAUUGUCUCCAACUUCAGCUACUUCUACCACCGCGGCAUGGAGUGUGAGGACACCACACAGUACCAGCAUGUGGAUGCGGGGGUGUGGGAGAGGGGGGAGGAGGGGGAGGAGGGUGAGGAGGGGGAGGACUGGCCCGCGGGUGAGGAGCUGUCGCCGCUGUAUGAGCCCAAUAACAGUGCUCCUGUGAAUGGGACAGUGCUGGGGUUCCUGCAUGGGGGGCCAAUGGUCACACAGGUCUGA